ACCCUUCUCUUUUUUACCAUAGAAUUAGCCAAAUAACUCUAUUAGCAAGCAUAAUUUCCAUAAAUCACUCUAUUGAUCUGAUAAACAUAUUGGGCAAGUUUGCAGUUUCCUUACGAUUUCGUCCCUAAUGAACCCCAAAUCUUUCUUCACCAUCACCAACCCUAAUCAUUUCAUGUAAAUCACUCCCAAAGACAUGAAACAUGAAGGAUUCAUCGUGUAAAGUAAUGAAGCUGGUAUUAUUUUUACUGAUAUUCGUUGCAGGUAUAGUUAUUGGAUUAAUUUCAAGUUCCCAUAUUGAUCUAGAUUGGUAUACACCUUCUCGGUACUACAAAGGACGUGUGGUUGUUAAAGAUGAUCCAAACGCGGCCGUGCACAAUGAUGAAAUCAGUAGCAGUAACUGUACAAUUGAAAUUAGCAAAAAACCCAUUAAAUGUGACAAGAUUGAUUGUUUUAAUUUCGAUAAUUGGGUACACCCAAAAGAUUUGCUUCAUGGGUUAUCGGAUAAAGAGCUCUUUUGGAGGGCAUCAAUGGUGCCUAAGAUUGGGGUAUACCCUUUUAAUAGGGUACCUAAAGUGGCUUUCAUGUUCUUGACUAGAGGUCCUUUGCCAUUUUUGCCUUUAUGGGAAAGAUUUUUUGGCGGACAUGAUGAUUUUUUUACAAUUUAUGUGCAUACUGUACCUGGGUUUAUGCUUAAUGUUUCUCCUUACUCUGUCUUUUUUGGCCGCCAGAUUCCUAGCAAGAAAGUUUCUUGGGGUGAUGUAUCUUUGGCAGAUGCAGAGAAGAGGCUUUUGGCCAAUGCUCUCCUUGACUUCUCCAACGAGCGGUUUGUGCUUAUAUCUGAGAGCUGUAUCCCAAUCUACAAUUUUCAAACAGUCUACAAAUACCUCACUCAAUCUGUGCACAGUUUUGUGGAGUCUUAUGAUGAUCCUUCUCGUUAUGGUCGUGGACGCUAUAACUGGCGAAUGGGACCUGAUAUAAAGCUCCAUCAGUGGAGAAAAGGGUCUCAGUGGUUUGAGAUAACUCGAGCUCUAGCUAUUGAAAUCAUAUCCGACUACAAAUACUAUGAUUUAUUCAGGAAAUACUGCCAUCCAUCCUGCUACCCUGACGAGCACUACAUUCCCACUUACCUCCAUAUAUUCCAUGCACCCCUCAAUGCUAAUCGCACUGUGACUUGGGUGGAUUGGUAUUUUGGAGGGCCACACCCCACAAGUUACGGGAAAGAAAAUAUUACAGAAGCUUUUAUACAGAAUUUACGAAAUAAUGGGACGGAAUGUUGGUAUAAUUCACAAAGAACACCUCUAUGUUACCUUUUUGCUCGCAAGUUUGCUCCAAGUGCCCUUGAACCAUUGUUAAACAUAAGUGCUAAGAUUAUGGGAUUUUGACGAAGCUUGAGUUCGUUAGUAAUGUAAGCCACAUCCGAUGCAUUUUGGUUUGGAUGGUGGUGGGAUCUUCUAAUUACUUAGGAAAAAUGCUGAUAUGUUUGAUCUUUCUGUUUGUUGGGGUGGGUUAGACAAAAAAUUAUGUAUAGAUAGAAUUUUUGGUUGCUGUAGCCUGUAGGUACUAUUUACACAUUGGGGAGAAUACAAUUAUGGAAAAUAUUAUUAUUAAUUGUAGUUUUUGGGACAAAGAUGGAAUAGUAAUUUGUUGUCGUCUCUGUACAAUCUUCUGAUUCUGGAGCAAAGUCAAGAGCUGUUUGUUUGCAAAUCUCUGCUGAUGCAUCGCAGGGGUUAAGAGAAAGGACCGCGCACUAGAUGAAUGGACUCGGUCACUCUGGAAGCUUUUACUAGUCAUCGAUGAUUAUAAUCAAUGGCAAUCGUCCUGUUCUAAUUUAAAACCUUUUCAACACUGCAGAUGCCAUGCCCUUGUUUUUGUACUAUGAUCGUACGUGUAAAUUGAUGGAAUCAUUGAAUGGGAUUGCAUGUUGAAUUUCUAAAA